AUGAGUCUCAUCACCCUAUUAGUCGUUUGUAUCGCGGCUGUUACCGCUAACCCACAAAUCUUUAGGCCACCUGCGAGGAUCGUAGGCGGCACAGUGACGACUAUUAACCAUUGGCCUUACCAAGCUAAUAUUAUGGUUGGAAUCGGACAUACCUUCAGCCAAUUCUGUGGUGGCACUAUCAUUAACUAUAGAACUGUUUUAACCGCUGCACAUUGUGUUCACACCCCCAAUCACUUUUUCCCAGCUAAUUGGUUACGUUUACGUCUUGGGUCAACCUGGGCCAGUAGCGGUGGAGUUGUACACAAUGUUGCCCAGAACAUCCUUCACCCAAGUUAUAACAUGCAUACAAUGAACGGUGAUGUUAUGCUUAUGCGAAGCAGUACCAACUUUGUAUACACUAAUGUGUUACAACGAGGAACUAUCGCCAGCCCUACCUACAACCUACCCGACAACCAAGUAGUUUGGGUAACCGGCUGGGGUCAUACAUCUGUUAACGGCGUUGGUUUUGUUGGUUAUUCUUUUCCAGUAUCAGAAGUUCUUCACACUGAUCACUCCGACGUGCAUGUGAACGUAAGAUGUGAUAGAAGACGUACUACCGAUCCGGUGAGUACUGCUGAUGCUUAA